AAUUCAUAAAAAAUGCCGUACGUUGAAAUAAAGCACGAUUUAGACCUCGACCCCGAAUUACCAGAGGAAUUUAAAAAUAUCGCUGCAGAACUGGGCGAAUGUGAAAAUACGAAACUCCAGGUUAUAGAUGAUUUCCGUAAAUUUAUAUUGGAACAUGAUGGCUGCAAACCUCACCGAACGGAUGAUGACUACUUGCAGAAAUUUCUACGUGCACGAUUUUGGCAUAUUGAGAGCAGUUAUCAAUUGAUGGUCAAUUAUUUCAAAUUUCGGGAACAGAAUAAAUCGUACUUUGAAAAUGUUCGACCUUUGGAAUUGAAAAGCUUAGGUGAUGAGGAUAUUAUAUCAGUAACACCUUAUAGAGAUCAAACUGGACAUCGUAUUUUAAUCUAUCGUUUUGGUGUAUGGAAACCGGGAAAAAUCAGUGUGGAUCAUAUCUUUCGUGCCACUAUAAUUCUACUGGAAUUGGGGUCUCUAGAACCGAUAGCCCAGGUUAUAGGCGGCGUGGGCAUAUUUGACUUAAAGGAUCUGAGUUUCAAUCAUAUACUUCAUUUAAGUCCAAGCGUGGCACAAAAAAUGAUUGCCUUGUUGGUGACCUCAAUGCCUGUGCGUACUACAGCUUUGCAUAUUGUGAAUCAAAAUUGGGUAUUCAAUGCAGCUUACAACAUGUUUAAACCAUUCUUAAAUUCUGCAAUGAAAGAGCGUUUGUUCAUACAUGGGUCGGAUAUGAAGUCACUUCAUAAGCACAUAAGCCCAGAUCACUUGCCUAAAAGGUAUGGUGGUGUGCACAAUGAUUAUCCUUAUCAACUAUGGUUGGACAAAUUGAUUGAUAAUGAAAGGAUUCAUUCUGAGUUGGGUCAAUUAGGGUACAUAUUUUAAUUUUAGUUCAUGGAAAGUUCUUAUGCAGCAGCUAUAUUUACAUAUGUACAGAAAUAUAUCAACAUAUUACACUAAAAUAAUCCGUUUAUUUGUAUAAAUCAAUUAAAUAAUUAAUUUAUAACUUUACCAUAAGAACAAGAAUAAAAAUUAAAUCAAAUAAAUUUUUACUA